AUGGCUCUUGCCGGGCUCCAGCGGCAGAGUUGGACCCACGGGAGGAAACAGCAGGGGCCCCCCCGGCCCAGGUGCUGGGGGGGGCGGCUCCCCCCGGAGACAUCCGUGUGCCGGCCCACUGUGGCGAGGCUCCCCUGGUGCUGCCGCCUGCACCGGCUCCGGCGCUGCCGCUACAUCAUCCCCUGCCUGCGCUGGGGGUGCGGGACCUGUCGGGGAUGGGGCCGGUCGGGGCGCUGGGGCUGCUGCUGUGCCUGCAGCUGUGUGGGGGUGAGUGGCGGGGUGGAGGGAGCGGGGACCCGCCGGUGCUGGGCCCGGCUCAGGCCCCUCCGUGCCGCAGGCUCCGGGCAGCUGCGGCUGGUGGGGGGCGGCGGGCGCUGUGCCGGACGCGUGGAGGUGAAUCACGACGGUGAGUGGGGCUCCGUCUGCAUCUUGGAGUUCGACUGGGAAGCCCGCUGGGCCACCGUGGUGUGCCGGCAGCUGGGCUGUGGCCGCGUGGCCUCGUCGUCCCCGUACGCCCUGUUUGGGCAGGGCAGCGGCCGGAUCUGGCUCCAGCCCUACUUCUGCCUUGGCACCGAGGAGGUGCUGGAGGAGUGUCCGAACUUCGGAUGGGGCCAGCACCAGUGCGGCCACGAGCGGGAUGCGGGGGUGAUCUGCACAGGUGAGGGACAGGCUGGCCGUGCCAGGGCACCCACCUCGUGCCAGGGUGUGCCGGGCAGGGCUGAGCUGUGCCGGUGUCCCGGUGCAGAGGCCAUGGAGCUGAGGCUGGUGGGCGGCGGUCCCUGCGCCGGGAGGGUGGAGGUGAAACUGCGGGGACACUGGGGCUCGGUGGCAGAUGACAACUGGGACAUGGAGGACGCUGAGGUGGUGUGCCAGCAGCUGGGCUGUGGCUCGGCUGCCGGCGCCUACGCCGCCCGCAACCAGUUUGGCAGAGGGGCCGAGCUCAUCAACCUGGUCCUGGUGGACUGCAAGGGGGAUGAGGCCACACUGUGGGACUGCGAGAUCCGUGGCUGGGGACCUUAUAAGAACAACCACGACUAUGACACUGCCGUCACCUGCCAAGGUAGGAGCCGGGCUGGGAGGGACGCGGCGCUCCCGGCACAUCCCUCAGUGCCAACACUGCACCGCUCCCGCAGGGUUUUCCCGGCUGGUCGGAGGUGACGGAGCCUGUGCUGGGCGGUUGGAGGUGCGGCAGCGCCAGGCCUGGGUUGGUGUCUGCGCGGAGCACGUGGACAUGAAGGUGGCCCAGGUGGUGUGCCGGGAGCUGGGCUGCGGCGCGGCGCUGGCCAUCCCCGGCAGCGGCCGGUUUGGGGCGGGAACGGGGCCGCUGUGGGAGGGGGGGUUCAACUGCAGCGGCACCGAGCCCCUCCUCAGCGCCUGCGCCCGGCGGGUGCCCCACAGCCAGGGCUGCGCUGGCCACGCCACCAUCAUGUGCUCCCGUAAGCACUGGGGACACCGGG